AUGCCGCCAAAGGUGUACAAUUCUAACUCGGAGUCUGAAUCCAAGACGAGGGGCGCAAGUGCGCACCACGGCGGGGCAGUGGCGCCCGGCGGUGCCGCCAACACUCGCUCCAACGGCAAGCAGCGCCUGACGGUUGCGCAACAGCAGUACUUGAAGGAGCUCGUCCGCACACACAUCCACAAUAACCACGAGGAAAACUUUCCACUUCUGCAUCCGCUUGACUUCGAGGCAUACUCGGACGACUUCUUGCGGCGGUACAAGGACCACUACCAGAUUCCGUUGCAGGACAACCUCUCUCUGCAGGGGUUUUUGCUGGGCUCAGAGCUUGGCUCCCGAACAUACUCGUACCGGCGCAAUAUUCCAUCGCAGCCGGACUCCCGUGUGACCAAGAAACAGCUCGCAGAUGAGGUGCGGCGCCAUUUCACGGCAAGCAUGGUCAAGGAGACAGAGUGCAUUCCAGCGUUCAUCUAUAAGGUUAAAAAUAGUAAGAAGAAGUUCCGUAUGGAGUUCCGCAGCUAG